GUCCUGCCCGCGGCGGCGAUUGCGCCCGGCAACAGGGAGACACUGAACAGGCAAUUGGACCCGGCCCGCCGACCGCCCACCCUGAGCCGCCGACUACCCGCCGACCCAGACCGCGCAACCGACAGGGCAAGCCUCGACAAGACCAAAUUCCCCCCUGGCCUCGGGUCCGCCAAGAAGGGCACGGCAGCAGAACCCGCCAGAGUCCGAGUCGAGCACCUCAAGCCACUGCGUGAACACGACGAAUCUAUGGACCUGCUUGGAUUCACUGCCGCUGCCCUCACGGAGGCGCGGGUGCCCGCCCCGAUUGCCCGCGCUCUAGUCCUCUGCAAGAGGACGGCGUUCCAGAAACCAGACAACGGAGCGCGGGACAUCGCCACCAGCGACGUUUUCCGCCGACUGGUCACCAGGCCGCUCGCCCAGCAGCUCGCCGUGCAGCUCGCGGCCGCAACCGCGCCCUUCCAGUUCGCCCUAACCACGCGGGCAGGAACCGACUGCGCCGCCACGCUGCCGAGGUCAAAGCUGGACCACGACGACCACACUGUGAUUGUCAGCAUCGAUGGAGUCGGGGGAGAGGGGGUGGAGCAGGGGGGCUCGCUGGCCCCAGCCCUCUUCGCGCUGGCCCUGCACGGAGCGCUGGUGGGCGCCUCCAGGACCCUCGAGCAAGGGGACUUCCUGGUCGCUUUCUUGGACGACGUGUACAUCAAGACCACUCGGGCCACGGCCAGAGCCGCUGUCGACACCACCACUGGAGCAAUCCACCUCCGCGCAAACGUAUAUUGCCACCUCGGCAAGAGCUGGGCCGACAACAAGGGCGGAGGUUCGCCAGGGAAGCAGCUGCUGCGGGACUCUAACGCCGCUGUGCACAACCCGCUGGGCCGCAGACAAUUAGACGCGGGGCUCAAGGCUCUCGACGGGCUCGCCGACGAGCCGCGAGACAAGUCCUAG